AUGCCUCUCAAUCUUCGAGACUUUCCCGCCGAAAUCAUUCUCAUAAUUGGCGAGAACUGCCACUCCAGGCGCGAUACUAGCCGCCUCAGCCGCACCAGCCAAUAUAUGAAUGACCUCCUCAGGCCCGUGCUGGACAAGAUCCUCAUCGCCGAGUACCACCUCGACCGGCUGCUCAUCUGGGCCAGCAAGGAAUCCAAUCUUCCCCUCGUCCGCAAGCUCCUUAAAAUGGGCGCCGAUCCUAACCUCUCUACGCAAGUCCCUACGCACAGAUACGCGUUGCGCCGCGGCGGCCCGCGCAACGACUACACGCCCCGCACAGCCCCGCUCACCGCGCUGCACCACGCCUGCACCCAGGGCUUGCCGGAGAUGGCGGAGAUCCUCAUCAAACACGGCGCCAAGGUCAAUGACACAGCACCCCGAAGGCACUCCCUGCAUUUCGCCGUCUGCAAGGACAGCCUCGACACGAUCAAGGUGCUGCUCGCCCACAACGUCACCAUUACCUCCACCGACGAGUACGGUGCCACAGCACUGCACCACGCCGCCCGCGAGGGCUCUUGCGAGGUAAUGGAGUUCCUCAUCGACAACGGCGUGCCCGUCAACGCCGCCGACAACCACCACCGCACGCCCCUAUAUUUCGCCGUCGGCCGCGAAAUAGGUAAAAUAAAGCUCCUCUUGAAGCACGGCGCAGAGGUCGAUUAUGUGGACAUUACCGGCUGGACACCGCUCUCCCACUGCUGUAUUAGGGACAGACUCCCUGCGGCCAGGCUCCUCCUCGAACAUGGCGCAAACCCGAACCACAACUGUACUAGAGUAGACACUAAUCCCCUCAGUGUGCUGGACAUCUCGCGCGACGACGCCAUUAUCAUUCUGCUCCUCGAGUACGGCGCGGACCCGAACUGCCGCCAGACCCUGGACAGGGAUACAGCGCUGCAUCGCGCGGCACUCGCCGGGAAAGAGGAGGUUGUGCGAAUGCUGCUAGAGAAGGGGGCGGAUGUCGCGGCGCUGGACGGUAAGGGGCAGACACCACUCCUGCAAGCCAUCAAGUCCACGGAGCGGAACCCAGAGGUCGUGAAACUCCUAGCAGAGCACGAUCCGGAUGUGCCUGGCAUGACCGAUGCACUGCAUACGGCGGUGCUGGAGUGCUACGAGGAUGCGGUCCGCAUCCUCCUUGAGCGGGGCGCGGACGACAGAGGGCUGCGCCGCCACUGUCGGCCACGAGUCCAAUACAGCACUCCUCCCCGAGCACGGGGCAAUAAUAAGCGCGGGCGGCGGUCAGGGGCUCAAACCGAUACACUGCGCGUAGGUGAGCAGCAGGCCGAGGGCGACGAGGGGAAGGGCGAUGUUGGAAUUUUUAGGGCGCUGGUAGAGCGGGGCAUGGAUGUGACGGCGAGGAAUGGAGCGGGGUCAUCCGUGAUGCAUAGGGCGGCGAGGGGCGGGCGUGGAGAGAUUGUCGGGUAUCUGCUGGGCGGGGGGCUGGAUAGGGAGUUGGUGAAUCUGAAGGGGCAGACGGCGUAUUGUGCGGCGUUGCACUGGGGGAAUUGGAAGGUGGUGGGCAUGUUGUUGGAUUUGGGGUCGAAGUCUGAGUGGUUUUGA